AUGGCUCCUAAGCGCGGCACCGAGGGCGCAUCCUCCAAAGACGCCCACCAGGUCAAGAAGCGCAAGGGAUUCGGUCCCAACACCCUCCCCGAGGGCCCAUGGCGCAGAAAAGUCGAAAAGAAAAAGAUUGAGCUCAUCCACAAGGCCAAGAUUAAAAAGGCCUACGCCAAGAUCAAGGAGAGGGAACUAGCAUUGCGGGAUACGUCCUCAACGGCACAGCAGCAACCGGCUGCCGCCGCGGCGCUGGCAAAGGACGUCUCAAGCGAAGACGAGCUUGACUCUCUACAGGAUCCCCAGAGCAAGACUGGCUCUCCCGCACCAACGGAAGCAGCAACGGCUUCAGAAGUAGUAGAUACACCCACAGACACAACACCAUCCUCAUCAUCAACAUCAACAUCACCAACAACAACCACCCCGCAACCCUCAAAGGAAGAAAUCCACCCCUCACGCGCAGAAAUGCUCGAGAACGACGGCGAGGCCCCCAACCCAAACACUAUUGCCGUCAAGCGCAAGCACGUCAGCGGCAACGGCAACGAAGACGUGCAAGGGACGGAGUCACAAGGCGAUGCCGCGAACGAGGACGCCAAUGGCGGGGCCGACCGCUACGAACCCCGCCAACAACGCCGACCCCGCAAGCCGGGCUACUACGAGAAGCAGAUCGCCCACGCGGAGAAGAAGAAGGCAGAGGCCGAGGCCCGCCGCGCCGAGAUCCAGCGCCGUCGCGAGGAGCGCGAGCGCAAGACAGCCGACCGCGAGCGGUUCCGCCGGGCCAUGGCCAAGGCUCGCAAGGGCUCGGAGAACGGCCAGCGGAGGCUGGGCAGGGAGAGCGCGCUGCUGCUUGAAAAGGUGAGGCGCAUGGUUGGAGAUUCCAAGUGA